GGUAGAGGUUUCUUUAGGCUGAAUAAGCAAGUUCUAGAAAACCCAGGGAUCGGUGAAUGGGUAGAGGAUCACAUGAAUAGGUGGGAGUCGGCAAAGAAUUAUUUUGCUGAUCCAGCGGAGUGGCUGGAUGGAGGAUUGGCGAUUGUUUCAGGGAUCCUAGACGUAUGCUCACGGAUUCUGGCCAAGGAAAGAAAUGUGAAAGAAGCGGAAUGCAGGAAAAGAGUUGAGGAGGCGGAAGCACGCAUAGAAGGUCACCCCAUAUCAGCAAUGGUUUGGGCGGCAGAAAGGGAACGCAGAAUGGGGGAAUGGGACAAAAUACAGCAGGACAAACAGAAGAGAUGGGCAGGGUUACUCAGAGAAAAAGGGAUCGAGUGCCACGAUCAGAUAACAAAGGAAACUUUCCAGAAGUUGCAGCCACGACGGACCCAACAGCAGACCGUGGAACUCCGCCACCCUUUCGAUUGCAACGCUCCGAACGCCGCCACUGCUACAGGCAUGUUACACUACGCCAAGCUCUACUAUGAGGACAUCCUCACUACCAGACGCCCGCAGGAAGACCCAACAACGGAUCUUUCAACAGACUCGGACAUGUGGGAAGAUACGAAAGUAACACUGUCAGAUACUGCCAGACUAGACCUGGACCGGCCGGUCUCUUUGGAGGAACUGACACAGACUGUUAAGUCCAUGGCCAAGGGGAAGUCCCCAGGCAUUGAUGGACUGUCCGUUGAGUUCUACAUCGCCGCAUGGGGUACGAUAGGUCCGAAAUUGGUCGAAUUGUAUAAUCAGAUAUUGGUAGGAGGUCGUUUGGGUAAAGGGAUAACGCAUGGGGUGAUUAGCAUGUUAUUCAAAAAAGGAGAUAAGUCUGAAGUCAGGAACUGGCGGCCAAUCUCGUUGUUGAUCGUACCUUACAAGAUCUUAGCUAAAACACUAGCACGUAGGUUAGGGAGAUAUCUACCGGAUCUAGUGGAAGGGGACCAGGGCGCGUUUGUCCAAGGGCGCUCGAUUUUCAAUAACAUUGUCACAGCGCUGGAAGUGUUGGAAUGGGUGCAGUCAGAGAACAUGGAUACAGCCAUUCUACUAUUGGACCUCGAAAAGGCGUAUGACAAGGUUGGUUGGCCUUUCGUGUUCACGACGCUGAGAAGAAUGGGCUUCGGCACCUCCUUUUGCAAGUGGACAGUGGCAAUGUAUACGCUGUCGACAUCUGCAGUGAUGAUCAACGGACACCUGUCAGCACCCUUCAACCUCACACGCUCGCUGCGACAAGGUUGCCCGCUGGCACCGUUCCUCUUCGUGGUUCUUCUCAACAGACUGCGGAGAAACCCAAGAAUCAAAGGCCUGACUUUGCACAGUGCGACACAGUGCAAAGUCAAGGCUCUUGCAGACGAUCUUUUCGUCAUCAGUGAAAACUCCAACGAGUCCUUAUCCUCCCUGAAAGACACCCUCACGGAGUACUCGGUUUUGUCGGAAGCAUCAGUUAACUGGAACAAAUCAGUGUUCCUGUUACCAGCGCAGUUUGAACUUUCGGUGCAAUGGGGGAUGAAAAGGAUAUCAGAAGGAGAGGAGGAAAGGUUUUUGGGUGUUCUGGUCUCCCUUCACAUUGAGGCGUCUACGCAAGUUAGGGAAGUGUCAAGCAAUGUCUGGAGAACCAUCAAAAGCCUAGUAGCCCGCUUUAUCUGGAAACCGAAAACCAAGGAGGGAGAGGGCUGUUUGAUUAAAGUAGCUUGGGAACUGCUAACCUUUCCGCGAUGCGAAGGAGGUUUGAACCUGGUGGAGCCCGUGAGCAAGAACCAGGCCCAGCUCAGCAUGUGGCUGGCAAGAGUAGCUAAUGCUGCAGAGAAGGAACAUUGGAUGGAGCUAGCAGAACAAAUCCUCAUGAAGGAGUGGGAUUUGAGCCGGCCGCAAGACGUUUGGUCCUGUUUGUUCAUUCACUCCUUCCAAAGGAAGCGAGUGAAAUCACGUUUCUGGCGCGAAGUUCUCAAAGCAUGGAGCAAACUACCACCAGACGGGCGUACCCAACCAGUAACAAAAGAGGAGGUGAAGGAUCAAAUUCUCUUCGAGAACCCCCAGAUAGUGACUGAGCAAGGCAGCUGGUUCAAAGCAGACGGCUCAACAGCCUCAUUUGGGUUGGCAUGGAUACGGAAAGGCGUGGUUACAGUUAGGGACCUUUGGGACUCGAUGUUGGGAACAUGGCGACCCCGUGCAGACAUACUGGGAAAAUUCUCUCCACUGAGAAAUGUAGAACUGCACUGGAUACAACUGCUGAAGGCCAUUCCUGACGAGUGGUGCAGAAUACUGGGCCCGGACGGAAUCGACCCUGAAGGAACCUGGUACUGCCCAGAAAGUGAAGAGUCGGAGGAAAUAUGGAAGCUGAUGGAAGUCUUCCCCAGUGGAUUCAGGAAAGUCCAUAAAUGGCAAUGUCAGAGGCACUCUAAGGAACUGUCCUGCAUCAGCGAAGCGGUGAUCCAAAUCUGGGAAAACCCCCCGCAAGCAAGGGUAGUGGACCGCAGAAGAACGCCGAGAGCAAGGGCAAAAUGGGUGUGGGUGGGUCAUGUUCCUCUUCAGAAACUGCGAAUCGAUCCGGAGGCAUGGAGCUGGACGACGAGUGAAACAAGGAGUCUGACGGAGUACUCAGUGGCAAAAAGCUACAACUUGAGAUGGAAGAAGAACACCACAAGAACCCCUGCAGAUGUGGCCAUCAAGAGAUGGCAGGCGGUCUUUGCUGAGGACUUAUCGGAGGAAAAGUUGUCCUUCCAUGACCUGUGGAAAAUGCUACCCCUCCUGCCCAAUGGCAAACAAGCUUCAAUUCUGUGGCAGAUUUCUCUGAUGGUGACGCCGUCAGCUGUAUGGCUCACGAGCAGAGGAAUGCAAGUGGAGUUGAAAUGUUCGCGCUGCAGCUGGCCGUUUGAAUCCACGAGGCACCUUUGGUGGGAGUGCCCAACCUCAAAAAGAAUCUGGAGGUGGUGGAAGCAUCAUUGGCAACAUUUCGGAGACCCAGUGGUGGACUGGGAGGAGAAGUGGGUUUUAUUUGGUUUCCUCCCAGAAGGUUCCUACAACAACCGUGGCUGGGCCUACAUUGCCCAGGUGGCAAGAGGGCUGCUGUGCGAAAUCAUCUGGAGAGACAGAAAUAGGGCAAGGUUCGAGAAAAGACCGUUCUCAGACUUGGAGAUCAAGAGGGCGGUAAGACAGGGUUUGAGGGAAGCAAUCAAGGUUGACUGGAGGAAGAGGGCAAAAGCAGGGAAAGGAAGUAGAAGACAACUACAGUGGUUCUUGGAUACGUGGGCAAACAGACACCAGCUAGCAGGGAUUCACAAGACAAAAGGUCUGGUCUUUUCUCCCUGGAUUACGGAGUGGGUCGAAGAUGGGAGGGUGUAAUCAAUCCUCACACAGUUUAGUUACAUAUUCUUUGGGAGGGGAACCAGGGCACUCGGUUCCCCAUUGGAAACAGAGCAAG